AUACCCACAGGGAUGGGCCAACUUACCACUUUGUAAUGAUGACUAACAGGACUUUAACUUUAUUUUACAGUUUUGUUAUUUAUUAAUCUGGCUUUUUUGAAGACUGAUACACACGUUUCACCAAGGGGUGCUAAAGACUUUUUAGUUUUAAUGAGCAGAAGGAUGAGUUGCUGUUGGUGCUCGUGAAGCAGGAGACUCGCCCACUCAGAGUUCAGAGACAUACACACUGCCGCUUCCUCAUCGUGUUUCACACAGUUGUUGGUAAUAAUUUCUGUUUCACGGCUGAAGAUCAUGAAGAUGUGGAGAUUCCAGAACCUGCUGAUCCUCCUGUGCACAGCUUUUAGUCGUCUGCCCCAAACGGCAUCUGUGAUCCAGGUGUUUGGAUAUGAAGGCAGAGAUGUGAAGAUUUCCUGCUCAUAUUCGUGGUGGUUUACAUCCACUGAAAAGUACUUCUGUAAGGAAGACUGUGGUUACAAAGAUGUUCUAAUAACAGCAAAACAACAAAGAAAGAAUAGAUACUCCAUCUCUGAUGAUGAGAACAAGAGAAUCUUCACAGUGACCAUCUCUGAUCUUAAGCUUGAUGACACUGGGACAUACUGGUGUGGAGUCUCAAAGGAAGGACCUGAUAGCUACACUGAAGUCAAGCUGAAGGUAAUAAAAGACAGCUGCUGUGAUAAAGUGACUCAAAUCCAAGGUGAUGAGGGCGGUUCAGUCUCCAUCAGGUGUCCGUAUGAGUCCAAGAAGAAAAACGUCCUGAAGUACGUCUGCAGAGGGAAGCAGCCCUCCACCUGUCUGCAGCGGGCUCUAAUCACCUCUGACAGGCAGACCAAACGAUUCAGAUUCACUGAUGACAGGAAGUCAAGAACAUUCACGAUCACCAUUUACAAUCUGACGCUGGAGGAUUUUGGGUCGUAUCUGUGUGGAGUCCAAAGUGACUCAGGACUGGAUGAUUUCUCUGCUGUUGAACUGGAGGUCAAAGAGUUCUGCAGAGUGAAGUCCUCCAUCAUCAGAGGCAUCGUGGGACGUCCAGUAACCUUUCAGUGUUCUCAUCCACCACAGCUCAGAGAUAAAGAGAAGUUCUUCUGUAAAGGAGACCAACUCAACAACUGCACAGACAUGAUGGCAAAUCCAACAAAGUUCAGGCUGCACCAGCUUUCCUCCAGCUGUUUCUCUGUGACCAUCACAGAACUGGAAGCAGGAGAUGCUGGGAGAUACUACUGUGGUCCAGACUCACAGCGGAGCUUUACAGACUACACCAGGAUUCAGCUGGAAGUCGUUUCUCCACAUGAAAGCAGCACCGUGAGCCUGAGCACCAUGACUGGACACGUUACAUCACCACCACCACCACCACCACCAUCAUCAUCACCAUGUGAGUACAUGUUUAAAAGCUUUAAUACCAGACCUGAUUAAAGUAGAUCCGUUUCA